AAACGGAACCAAUUCAUAUUAUGGCGCCUUCUUUAAAUUAUCCAAUUCAAUCGCAUUAGGGUUUCAAUUUCUCUCUCUCUCUCUCUCUCUCUCUCUCAUUUCCAUUCUUAACUUCCAUCGUUUCGACCAAAUCCUACACUUCACUUCGAUAGGGUUCCUUCCCUUCGAUCCUAUUUUUUGGAAGACAAAAAAAAAAAACCCGGCAAUAAUGGCGGUGGAAUUGACGGAAGGGGCAAUUUUGAUGAUGUGCGAUAACAAUUUCUCUUCGGAGGAGUUGAUGCCGGUGCUGCAAGUUAUCGAACUGAAGCAGGUGCAGUCGCAGCAAAACAGCGCCACCGAGAGGUACCGCUUGGCGCUUUCCGAUGGUUCGCAUUACCUGCAAGGAAUGCUCGCAACGCAGAAGAACGAGUUGGUGCAUUCUGGAAGGUUGCAGAAAGGUUCCGUUAUUAAGCUUACUCAGUUCAUCUGCAACGUUGUGCAGAACCGCAAGAUUAUUAUCACCAUUGAGCUAGAGAUUGUGCUAGACAAAUGUGAAUUGAUUGGACAACCUGUCUCACCACCAAGAAAUGGAGUUGUACAAUCUGCUACUGGUCAAUCAGGAACCGACCAUGGGAAUUCAGAAUCUGUAAGUAACCGUUCACAUGCAGGUGGUAUGAAUGCUAGACCAAUGUCUGUGGAUCCAAAAGUGAAUCCUCCUGCUAGCAGUGUUUAUUCUAGUAAUUCUGACUCUGUAAGACAUGGUACAUCUAAUGCCCCUCCUGCUUAUCAUAAAGCAGAGCCCAGAGUCAGUUUGCCAAGAUCAGCACCAUUUGGUGGGUCUUAUGUUGAUCAGAACCCAGGUUUCCGCAAUCCCCAAUCAGAGGCUUCAAGGCCCAUGCAAAAUUCUUAUGUUCAUCCACCUCAGCCUAUGUACCGGCAGCCAUCUCCUAUGUACAAUAACAGAGGGCCAAUUGGAAGAAAUGAAGCGCCCCCUCGGAUAAUUCCAAUAGCCGCAUUGAAUCCAUACCAGAAUAUGUGGACAGUUAAAGCUAGAGUAACAGCUAAGGGAGAACUCAGGCACUAUAACAAUGCCAAAGGUGAUGGCAAAGUGUUUUCUUUUGAUCUUCUGGAUUCUGAAGGUGGAGAAAUUCGGGCAACUUGCUUCAACACUGUGGCUGACCAAUUCUAUAAUUUAAUUGAAGCUGGCAAGGUAUAUCUUGUUUCCAGGGGGAACAUAAAGCCAGCUCAAAAAAACUUUAAUCACCUUCGCAAUGAUCAAGAGCUAACCCUUGAUAUGUCAACAAUUAUACAGCCUUGCCUUGAUGAUGACAACUCAAUUCCGAAGCAGACAUUUAAUUUCCGUUCCAUUGGUGAAAUUGAAAGUGUGGAAAGCAACAGCAUUGUGGAUGUUAUUGGUGUGGUGUCUUCUAUUAGUCCCACAGCUUCAAUCAUGAGAAAAAAUGGCACUGAAACUCAGAAGAGAACUCUACAGUUGAAAGACAUGUCUGGACGAAGUGUGGAGUUAACAUUAUGGGGAAAUUUUUGCAAUGCAGAAGGACAAAGGCUGCAAAAUAUUUGUGAUUCUGGGGCAAUUCCAGUUUUGGCUGUAAAAGCUGUCCGGGUAAAUGAUUUUAAUGGGAAGUCUGUUGGGACUAUAGCUACUAGUCAGCUAUUUGUAGAGCCUGAUUUUCCUGAGGUUUAUACAUUGAAAGACUGGUUUGCCAAGGAAGGGAAGAAUGUCCCAACUCUCUCUAUUUCUAGAGAAGCAUCUAAUUUUGUUAAGACUGAUGUGCGGAAGACUAUAUCUCAAAUUAAAGAUGAGAAGUUAGGGACUUCAGAGAAGCCUGAUUGGAUAUCUGUCUGUGCAAGAAUUUCAUACAUUAAAGUUGAUAAUUUCUGUUACACAGCAUGCCCUAUCAUGGUAGGGGAUCGGCAAUGUAACAAAAAGGUGACUAAUAACGGAGAUGGGAAAUGGCGCUGUGACAGAUGUGAUCAGUCUAUUGAUGCUUGCGAUUAUAGGUACAUACUGCAAUUCCAGAUACAGGAUCACACAGGCAUAACAUGGGUCACUGCUUUCCAGGAGAGUGGUGAGGAGAUCAUGGGGAUACCUGCGAAUGAUUUGUAUUUUCUGAAAUUUGAAGAGCAAGAUGAUGAAAGAUUUGCAGAAAUCAUUCGUAAGGUUCUCCUUGCCAAGUAUGUGUUCAAGUUAAAAGUAAAAGAGGAGACAUUCAGUGAUGAACAACGUGUCAAGUCAACAGUAGUAAAAGCAGACAGGGUAAAUUUUGCAUCUGAAUCUAGAGUUCUUUUGGAUUUGAUUGAUAAACUCAGGGCCGAGAAAUCAGAAUGUACUCUUCCAAAUUCUGUAAUCAAUAAUACUGGACUGGGGAACAUUGAAACUGGACAAGUUAUGCCACCAGUUUAUAAUCCUAUAAAGAGCAACGCUGAUAACAGUAGAGAUUAUGGGAUGCCAGCAAACCAAGUGGGUCAGUAUGGAAACCAAUAUAUCAAAUAUGCUUCAGCAGGUGCUCCCGGUUCAUAUAUGUCAUCAUGUAGCAAUUGUGGAGGCUCUGGUCAUAGCUCUAUACUUUGCCCAAAUAUUAGAAAUAUACCUGCACAGUCUGGGGGAGGGGCCUUUGCUAACAGGGCAUCUAGUGGGGGUGCAUCUGGCGAAUGCUUUAAAUGCCAUCAAACUGGCCACUGGGCAAGAGACUGUCCUGGUUUCAGUGCAGCUCCUCCGGCAUAUGGAAGUACUAAUGUGAUGCAAGGAAGAUAUGGGGUUGCUCAGAAGCAACAGUUUGGAGGAUAUUGAAAUUUUUGCUAGUCGGUAUUUUGAGUUCAUUUUGCUUCAAGUAUAUGUUGCCUUAAAAAUAUAAGCAAUUUCACCUUAACUGUUCACUCUGUAAAUAUAGAUGACAUAAUUAUGUGGUAUUGAUACCGGAUUUCUUGAUGCUAACAACAAUGUCCUUUUUAUUUUGACCAGUUUUUCCCUUUAGCCGAUGCAAUUAAUCAUAAUGGGGAUAUAUUUUU